AUGUCUAGCAAAUUGAAUAUUUUGGUACCUGUGAAAAGGGUAAUUGAUUUUGCCAUUAAACCGAGGAUCAAUAAAGCACACACCGGAGUUGAAACCAAAGGAGUGAAAUUCAGCAUCAAUCCUUUCUGUGAUAUUGCAUUGGAGGAGUCUUUGAGGAUCAGAGAGAGACAUAAGGGUUUAGUUGAGAAAAUACACGCGGUAUCUAUUGGACCGACAAAGUCUCAAGACAUUCUCAGAACGGCAUUAGCCAAAGGUGCCGACACAACUUCUUUGAUUGAAGUCGGAGACCAGGAAGUAGAACCCUUAUCAGUGGCUAAGCUUUUACAGAAGGUUGUGGAGAAGGAAAAAAGCAAUCUUGUAAUUUUGGGUAAACAAGCAAUUGAUGACGAUUUCAAUCAGACAGGUCAAAUGUUGGCUGGUUUGCUUAACUGGCCCCAGGCUACCAAUGCAUCGAAAGUCGAAUUGGAUGGAGAUGUAGUGUCUGUAACAAGAGAGAUAGAUGGAGGAUCUGACACUUUAAAAGCAAAAUUGCCAAUGAUUAUUACAACUGAUUUAAGAUUGAAUGAGCCAAGAUAUGCUUCUUUGCCAAAUAUCAUGAAGGCAAAAAAGAAACCUUUGGAGAAAUUGAAGGCGAGUGACUUAGGUGUUGAGAUUUCGAACAGGUUAGAAACAUUAAAGGUUGAAGAGCCACCUGCUAGAGAGCCAGGUAUAAAAGUAGACUCAGUUGACGAGUUUGUAGCCAAACUAAAGGAGCUUAAAGCAAUCUAA